CAGUAUGUUAGUAGGAGCUCUACUAGUCUUUUCUCUUCUCAGUGGACUCUCCUUACCCUUUAUCAUAUUUCGCGAUGGAAGGCAAGUCCCAAAUCUCUUGGCCUUGAUUACUGGUCCAGAAAAUUCUGAUAAUAAAGGAGAAAUGCCGCGUUCAUGUUCAGUGUGUGGGGGAGAGCGGUGUCAGCGGCAGCACCCAAACACUCCUCUCCAGAUAACUGCACACACACAUGUUAACUUUUACAGUACCACAAAGUGUGGAUGAAGCACUGGAAGAGCUGUUAAACCUGGCUUUGGAUCGCCAUGUAUAUAGCUGGUACCGGGAGAUCUCCAUCCACGACCAGCUGGCUGAUGAGAUUCGCUACAUAAUAAGAUAUGCUGUAGCAGUGUUGGGCAGCAAACUUUUAAAGGUUGAUCUGACAGCAGUGAUAAUAGGUCGUCUGCUUCCAGCACUAAUAAAUCAUUUGGAUGCUUAUGUUGAAGGCAGCAGAAGAGUGCGUGGCAAUAUUUCUUCAGAAGCAGCAGUAGUUCAGUACCUGAGAGCAGGAGCUGGGUUACACCGUGCGCUCAAGUCACGUGAUGAUGAAACAGCAUACUUGAGAGGUGUUAUUAGCACAGUCCUACCAUCACUUCUUCCUGCAAAAUAUCUGUCAAGCAGGUUGGGGCGCACAUUUUUAGAAGAGUUAUUGGGUCGAGUGUUAUUACUGCAAGCCUUGGACCUGCUAGCAAACCCUGACACAUUGAAUUUAAUAUUUCUUCUUCUUCUGAGUCGUGACUCAUCACCGUGGUUACCUCAUAAACCUGAGCCAGAGGUUCUUCUACUCAAGAACUUUGCUUCGGUCAACACACACCCUCGUAACUCUGUUCUACGCUGCAACUUGUCUUCUGUGUUGAAAGAUCAGAGUUUGUUGUACCUGUUCCACACCUUUCUGAAAGAAGAGGGAGCCAUUAACAUCCUUCAGUUCUGCCUUGCUGUUGUAUUUUGCUCAUUUGUGUGGGACAAGAAGUUCUCAAGGCUAUCAGAAAAAUGCAACCAAGUACCAAACUGCUUGCUGGAUGUCUUGGAAGGAUGCCCAGCUGGUCAUUAA